AUGACACCACUUCCUCCAUCCCCACCAACGCCGACCACCAUCACCAUCAACACCUAUACCUCCAUCCCCACCAACGCUGACCACCAUCACCAUCGACAACAGACGUCCCUCCAUCCUCCACCAACGCCGACCACCACCAUCCAUCGACACCCACUUCCUCCAUCCAUCCCCACCAACACCGCCGACCACCAUCACCAUCGACGACCCACCUCCAUCCCCACCAACGCCGACCACCAUCACCAUCGACACCCACCUCCAUCCCCCAACAACGCCGACCACCAUCACCAUCGACCACCUACCUCCAUCCCCCACCAACGCCGACCACCAUCACCAUCGACACCCACUUCCUCCAUCCCCACAACGCCGACCACCAUCACCAUCGACAUCCACUUCCUCCAUCACCCACCAACGCCGACCACCAUCAACCAUCCAUCAACUACCAUCGACCAUCAUACUUCCAUCCCCACCAACGCCGACCACCAUCACCAUCGACCAUGA